AUGGCUGGUUCUUCAACCUUGAGGGAAUUCGCUAUGGAUUUUGUCAAACUUGAACGGUUCGAUGGAAGUAAUUUCAAGUGUUGGCAGAAAAAGAUGCAUUUUCUUCUUGUGGGUCUCAAAGUGAUGUAUGUUCUGACCACCCCCAAACCUGCUAUGAACGAGAAUGAGACUUUGGUUGAAGGAUGUGCAAGACUUAAAUGGGAACAAGAUGAUUAUAUAUGCAAAGACCACAUUUGCAAUUCAAUGUCAGACAAUAUGUUCGAUCUGUAUCAAAAUAUGGCUACUACAAAGGAGUUGUGGGAUGCACUUGAGGCUAAGUAUCUCACAAAUGAUGCGAUUAGUAUGAAAUUUUUUAUUGAAAAUUUUUUUAAUUAUAUCAUGGUUGAUAAUAUGUUUGUUGUAGAGCAGUUUCAUGAAACUAUGCAUAUCCUUAACCAGUUUAAUCAACAUAAUAUGAAGAUGGAUGAAUGCAUUUCUGUUUCAUCUAUUAUUGAUAAGUUAAAUCCAUCUUGGAAAGAUGUUAGAAAAUUUUUGAAACACGGGAAGGAUGAUAUGUCUCUUGAACAACUGGGCCAACAUUUCCAAAUUGAGGAAGUGUUGAGGCAGAACCAAAAAGGUGCAGAAGAGCAUACUUCCAAAGUGCAUAUGAUGGAAGAAAGAGGCAAUUCUAAAUAG